AUGGCGACGAAUCAAUCGAUAGAUAAUUCCGUUUCCCAGCCGGCCGCGCCCACAGCGAGCGCAAACGGAACUUCUCAGCCAGCGGGAGAGACAACAAGCAUGUUUCCAGGCAUCCCCAGUGCCUCGGUGCCAGAGCCAAAGCUUCCGACUCGGAAAGAUGCCUCACUGAGGGAGUUUUUAAAUAAGAUGGACGACUAUGCACCGAUUAUCCCCGACGCCGUUACGAAUUACUACAUGACGCGGGCUGGGCUGCCGCCGCCGCCGCAGACAGAUAUUCGCCUUGCCCGUCUUCUUGCGCUAGCAACACAAAAGUUCAUCGCCGACAUUGCCGCCGACGCGUAUCAGUACAGCCGCAUUCGCGCAAGCAACACCAAUGCCAAUAACCCCAUGGGUAGCCUCGGCGCUGCGGCGGGAUUCCCUAUCCCUGGGCAACCAUCCAAUCAGCCUGGUGGCAAGGAACAGGGCCGCGGUGGUCCGCUGGGUAUCCAACGCCCGGGUUACGGAGGUGGCGGCCAGGGCGGCAGCCAAAACCGCACAGUGCUGACCAUGGAAGACUUGGGCAUGGCAGUCAGCGAAUUCGGCGUCAACGUGAAGCGUAGCGAGUUCUACCGCUAA